AUGGAAUUUUGGGGCGUUUGCCAGUCUGGUGUGGUUCCUGAGGAACUCAAGCCAGAGUGUACACCAGACCGCCUGGUCAUGACAGACUUCCCAGAGACCACCAUGCAGCUGUUCCCCUCAGUCCGCUACAUGAUGAUCGGCAGCAAAUUCGAUCAGGUUCAAAUGGCAUUCGGUGAUUUUGUGAUUGUUUUUGACUACCUAUGGACUCUGCUUUGGAAAGGCAUUGAUAGCAUACCGCUUUUUUCCAAUGCAACUUUCUACGAGCAACUCAGCGGGGACUUACUGGUAUACUCGGCCUACAAGCAGUUCUCCGCAUACCUCGUGGGUGCCAAACAGCAUACCUACACAAUCUGGCCUCUCUACUUCAUUCGGAGCACUACUCCCGCUGGGCCAUUUGAUGAUUGUAGCAGCCCAUAUGUGGGGGAGCGGUUGCUCGAAUGGCUCAGCCCGCAUAGUGAGGAGAAGGCCUCAUACCAAUGCUACAACACAGAAGAGGACGCCCCAAAUUGGACUGCGCAUUACUGCGACCACAUGUUGCCAUGGCAAGUUGGAAGAUGCGAACCCAGCAACUAG